AGGCAGGGCGUUGAGGCCCCUAGUUUGUUCAUCCAACGCUCUGCUUCCAAUUCCAAUGGCUGCCAUCAAAGUCUUGUAUUUCUCUCUCCCAUUGCUUCUCUGUUUUCUUCACUGUUACGCUCAGAACGGCAUCGUUAAUUUGAAGUCAUCAAUCGUUGCUGGGUCGAAUGAUUUUUGGGUAUCACCCUCCGGCGAGUUUGCUUUUGGGUUCCACGAGAUCACCCCGGACAGAUACCUUGUCGGCAUAGUGUUCGACAAAAUUCCUGAGAGAACUUUGGUAUGGUCCGCUAACAGAGACAACCCAGCAAACGCUAAGUCCACCAUUAUUUUCGGAUCCACCGGCGAAUUUGCGCUGAUUCAUGCUAACGACACUAAAGUUUCAAUCUACGACGGCACCGACACUACCUCGGCUUUCAUGUCUGACGAUGGCAACUUUCAGCUGCUGAAUUCCUCCUCCGAUCCCAUAUGGCAGAGCUUCGAUCAUCCCACCGAUACUCUAUUGCCUGGACAGGUUCUUCCCAAGGGCCAUCAACUGUUCUCAAAUGUGAACGGAAAAACCGACUAUUCCAAAGGCCGAUUCAUGUUGGAUGUAGCAGACGACGGCAAUGUCCUCUUGACUUCUUUUCGAAAUGGUGAUCCUGCUUAUAAGUAUUCCGGCACGUCCGGAAGCAGCAGCAUCGUCUUCAACCGAACGACAGCUCUAUUGUAUGUCUUUAAUGGCACAACAAUUACAUAUACAAUGACGACCGAACAGCCACCGCCAGUAGAAGACUAUUACCACAGAGUAAUCCUCGAUGAUCAGGGGAACUUCCGGCAGUUGUAUCGGAGUAAGACUGGCAGCGAGUGGGAAACGGCAUGGAAGUGGGUUGAAAGGCCUUGUUUGGUGAAUAACAUUUGUGGGGUGUUUGGAUUUUGCACCUCACCUGACAAUGAAACUGUGAAUUGUUCGUGCUUGGAAGGGUAUUCUUCGAUUGAUCCAAACACGCCCUCUAAAGGGUGCCAACCAGAUCUGGUCAUGGACUUUUGUUCAUUAGAUUCUACACAUGAGAGCUUCAAAAUUGUUAGGCUUGAAGAUGCUGAUUUCCCAUAUCUUAAGGACUCUGAUGUUUCCAUGGUUGGACCAUUGGAUGACAGCCAGUGCGAGGAAGCUGUGAGAAAAGACUGUUUUUGCUCGGCUGCCGUUUAUUUUAAUAAUGGUUGCUACAAGAAGAGGAUGCCAUUGUUAAACGCUAGACGAAGCAUUUCGGACACCAAUAAUCUUGUGGCGUUCCUGAAAGUUCCUAUCAAUAAUGACGGAAAAACACUCAUUUCUAACGAAGCUCUGCUAGCGAUAUUUGUGGUAUGUUCAACAUUUGCAUUGCUUUUUGCAGUCGUUUCCGUCUAUUAUCAGCCCUUUCUUACAAGGGGUUUGUUUAAAGAAAAGAAACCUGCAAAGCUGAAUCAGUUGGAGGUGAAUUUGAAGGCAUUUUCAUUGAAUGAAUUGAAAGAAGCAACAAAUGGAUUCCAAAAGCAACUUGGGAGUGGAGCUUUUGGUACAGUCUAUCAUGGGGUUUUGAGGUUGAGAGAUCAAGAAGUGGAGGUUGCAGUAAAGAAAUUGAAGAAGCUGACUGAACAUGGAGAGAAGGAGUUCUUAACAGAAGUCCAAAUAAUUGGUUUGACUCAUCAUAGGAACCUGCUUCAAUUGUUGGGAUUCUGCAACGAGGGAGAUGAUCGGUUGUUGGUUUAUGAGUUCAUGAAAAAUGAUACCUUGUCAAGUUUCCUGUUUGGGGGGAAGGAAAAUGAAAAGCCCAAAUGGGAAAGCAGAGCAAAAAUGGUGUUGGAAAUCGCCAGUGGGUUGUCAUAUUUGCACGAAGAGUGCGAAACCCAGAUCAUCCACUGCGAUAUAAAGCCACAGAACAUUCUCCUUGACCACAAUUACAUUGUGAAAAUCUCAGAUUUCGGCAUAGCUAAGUUGAUGAAGAAAGACCAGACACGCACAGACACGAUGAUGAGAGGAACAAGGGGAUACAUGGCGCCAGAAUGGAUGAGAGCUUUACCUGUUACCAAAAAAGUUGACGUUUACAGCUUUGGAGUGGUUUUGUUAGAGACCAUCUUUUGCAGAAGGCAUGUUGUAAAAGAGAUGGAAGCCUCUGAUGCAACAUUUCUGGUGGACUGGGUUGUAAGUUGUUUGAGAGCAGAAAGAUUGAGAGACGUGAUAAGCCAGGAUUCUGAAGCAGUGAAUGACUAUGAAAGGUUUAAGAGGAUGGCAAUGGUGGGUCUGUGGUGCUUGUCUUCGGAUCCGGUACGCCGCCCAUCCAUGAAAGACGUUGAACGGAUGCUAGAAGGAAGCAUUGAGGUGAGGAUCCCUCCUCUGCUUGAGUCAUCAUAUACAUACCCCCACUAUUAGUACAUACCCCCACUAUUAGUGCUUCUCUGUUUGUGUUCAUCUUAAUCAAGUGUGUGUUAUUGUGCGAUCCUAACAUCAUCAUCAUACUCUCCCUAAACUUGAGUAUGUUUGAAUUCUGUCCCUCAAAGUUGCUCCAAGUAUCGUUCAAACUUGCGCACAAAGCGUGGAACUAAUUAGUAGUUCAUUCUAGUUCAUUCUACAGAGCGUGGAACUAAUUAGUAGUUCAUUCUAGUUCAUUCUACAGAGCGUGGAACUAAUUAGUAGUUCAUUCUAGUUCAUUCUCUUGGCCAGCAAAGUUACGACACCAUUAGAUAGUAGUCACUCGUGUGCAUCAUGGUGUUUCCUGGCUUGUUAGUCCUCUCUUCCAUGACGUUAGCUACGUUGAGAUAUGAUUCAAAGUAGUUGAGAUAUGAUUCAAAUAUUCAAACUAACAAGAUUUGAGGAGGUUGGCAGUAGAUUUGAAUUUAAUUUCCAUAAUUUACUAUUUUGGAUCCAGUGUAUAAGCCUAUCAAUACUGUGAUUGUGUAGUGAUUAUGUAACCCUUUUGAGGCAAAGACAAUAAUAAAGUAAUGCAGCUUUAAACUAUUUUAUUUUUUCA